GUUGCACUGUUUGCAACACUUGCUUGGUCUUUGCCCAUCGUCCAAGAAACUGAGCAAAUUUCGAAAAAGGACAUGGAACUUGCUGAGAAAUACAUACAACAUUAUUAUCCUGAAUCAGAAUCAACACUUGUGAUAAAAACCAAAGUCAAGAAUGGCAUUACUCCAGAAAAAAUACGGCAGAUGCAGGAAUUCUUGAAGCUGAAAGUGACUGGCAAAUUAGAUACAAACACUUUGGAUGCUAUGAAGAGACCCAGGUGUGGCAUUGUCGAUAUAGGGGAAUACAACACUUUUCCUGGUUCACCUAAAUGGGGAAAGAAAGACCUGACAUACAGUAUUCUCAACUAUACACCUGACAUGGAACCCAGACAUGUAGACUAUGCGAUUGAGAAAGCUUGGAAAGUGUGGAGUGAUGUGACCCCCUUGACCUUCACCAGGGUUUAUGGGAAACCUGCCGAUAUUGAAAUCUCUUUUGUUACUGGAGCACAUGGAGAUGGUUUUCCUUUUGAUGGAGAAGGUGGAAAUUUGGCCCAUGCCUUUUCACCUGCUUUUGGUGGAAAUGCUCAUUUUGAUGAGGAUGAAUUCUGGGCAAAGGAUUUGAAAGGAACAAACCUUUUUCUUGUGGCUGCUCAUGAGUUUGGCCACUCAUUAGGGCUUCAACAUUCCAGCAAUCUGGGGGCUCUGAUGUUUCCCAUCUACCAACCAAUGGAUCCCAGAGCCCUAAGACUUCACACUGAUGACAUUGAAGGCAUCCAGAGCCUUUAUGGAGCCCCUGAUGAUUAUGAUGAUUAUGACAACACAUCAGUAAACCCUACAGAUGCCCCAACAGAAGUGCCAUCAACAGAGCCUUGCCACCCCAACCAAGCUUUUGAUGCUGUUACUUCUCUCAGAGGGGAAACCAUGUUCUUUAAAGACAGUUACUUCUGGCGAAAGAAUCCCCGCAGAAACGAGAUUGAGAAAGAUCCUAUUUCUGCUUUCUGGCCAUCUUUGAGCGGCGGUGUAGAUGCUGCAUAUGAAAACAAAGACAAGGACAUCGUCUUCCUUUUCAAGGGACAUAAGUAUUGGUCUACCAGGGGAAAUAUUAUAGAGCACGGUUUCCCAAAGAGCAUCCAGAAUCUGGGCUUCCCACAUACAGUUAAAAAAGUUGAUGCAGCAGCUUAUGACAGAAGUUCAAAGAAAAUAUACUUCAUUUCAGGCGACAAUUAUUGGAGGUAUGAUGACAAGAAGAACUCCAUGGAGCAAGGGUAUCCAAGGAAGAUAACAGCUGACUUCCAUAACAUUGGCUCCAAGGUGGAUGCUGCUUUUAUAGAUAAUGGACAUAUCUAUUUAUUCAGUGGCUCAAAGCAGUAUGAAUUUGAGUCUGAAACCAAAAGAUUUCUGGGCCUAAAGAAGAGCAACAGCUGGUUGGGUUGCCAGUGAUAUGACAGAAAGAAGAGAAAUGAGGCAAGAAUUGUGGAAUCCCUUCAUCCUAUGCCUCAAGAACUAGCUGGUGUUGUAGGUUAUGGUCAUUAUCUGGUCUAUCCUGUGUUUGUGAGCCAUAGAAACACUGAUAAUGGUGUU